AUGGCCAACUCUGAACCUAAUCCAGUGGUUGUUCUUGCCUCUGUUGCCACAUUCAUUCUGGCUUUCGUUGCUCUCUACUUUGUCAAGCAGAACAAGAAGAACCAACCUGUCUUGCACCCUACCGAGUACAGAAAGUUCCCAUUGAUCGGAAAGACCAGAGUGUCCCACAAUGCAUGCGUGUACAAGUUUGGUUUGCCAAAGUCCACUGACAGAUUGGGCUUGCCAAUUGGUCAGCACAUUUCCAUUUCGGCUGUUAUUGAUGGUAAGGAGAUUGUGAGAUCGUACACACCAAUUUCCAACGACGAACAAUUGGGCUCGUUCGACUUGUUAAUCAAGACUUAUGAGAACGGAAACAUUUCGAGACACGUUGAGUCCAAGAAAAUCGGCGAGCACAUCCAAGUGCGUGGACCAAAGGGUUUUUUCACUUACACCCCUAACAUGGUCAAGAGCUUUGGAAUGGUGGCUGGUGGUACUGGUAUUGCACCAAUGUACCAGGUGUUGACUGCGAUUUUGAACAACCCUAAGGACAAGACCAAGAUCUACUUGGUCUAUGCCAACGUGGCCGAGAACGACAUCUUGUUGAGAGCCGAGUUGGAGAAGUUGAAGGAAUUGCACCCAGACCAAUUCUUCAUCCACUACGUGUUGAACAACCCUCCAGAGAACUGGGACGGCUCUGUUGGUUUCGUGACUCCAGAGAUUAUGGACAACCACUUGCCUAAGCAUAACGAGGACACCAACUUGUUGAUUUGUGGUCCUCCAUUGAUGGUUUCCGCCAUCAAGAAGGCUGCUCAGACCUUGGGCUACCCUAAGGCCAAGCCUGUCUCCAAGUUGGGUGACCAGGUUUUUGUUUUCUAA